AUGACUAUGAAGACGGCGAUAGUCACAGGCGGCUGCAGCGGCAUCGGUCUCGGACUGGUGAAGCACCUCCUCUCGCAGCCGGACUGGCGCGUGGUGAUUGCCGACAUCCGGGCGGACGCGUACCCAGCAAUCGCGGGGGACCUUGGUGGUGACAGCAGCAGACACGUCUUCGUGGCCACCGACGUCGGGUCGUGGGAGUCGCAGGCGGCGCUGUUCCGAGAGGCGUUUGCCUGGUCGGGCGGGCGCAUCGACUUUCUGGCCGCCAACGCGGGCGUCGCCGAGAAGGAGCACAUCGUGCUGGCGAACCCGGCGGCGGCGGACUAUGAGGCCGACGAGCCCUCGAAGCCGCCCAUGCUGUGCACGCAGGUGAACCAGAUCGGGGUGUUUUACGGCCUCAAGCUCUUCAUCCACUACAGCCGGCGCACGGCGCGGGGUUUGCUCAAAACCUCGUCGUUGUCCCAAUCCGCCGUCGCGGCGGCGGGAUAUAACCCCAAGAUGGUCAUCACGUCGUCGUGCGCGGGACUGUACCCCUUCUCCGUGGCGCCCGAGUACUGCGCGACCAAGCACGCGGUGCUGGGGCUGACGCGGGCGGUGGGCCGCCUGCUGUACGAGACGGACAACAUUGCCGUCAACUGCAUCAACCCGGCGUACGUGGAGACGGGCCUGUCGCCGCCGAGCGUCACCGCCGGCUGGCCCAGGGAGUACAUCACGCCCGUGAGCACCAUGGUGCGGGCCUUUGUCGAGCUCAUCUCCGAGACCGGCCGGGUCGAGGGAGACGGCAAGUCCGAAGGGGUCGACGGCCAAGUCAAAACGGGCCAGAGCGUCGAGUGCGUCGUCGACAGGCUCUUUUACCGUAAACCUCCGGACUACGCCGACGAGAGCCAGCGCUUCCUCAUCGAGCAGACCUUGGACCUGCAGAACGGCCUGUGGUGGAAGGGCGCGCGAGAGCUUUUCGCAAAGAGACAGCAACAGCCUCCUGUUAUUUCCUCGCAGUAG